UGGAAAGAAGGAGCAUAGAAAAUGGCUGCUCCAGUUAAGAAACGUACAGUAAACGAAAAUAGUAAUUUCAACGGAAACGAUGGAAAAUCUGAAAGUAGCGAUGAAAGCUCAGAAAACGGCUACAUGGAGGAAUAUAUUAAUCAAGAGAUAAUUCAAGUUGACUUUGAAGGAAGAAAUCCUGUUGAUGCAGACUUCCAUGGUAUCAAGCAACUCUUACAGCAGUUGUUUCUGAAGGCUCACAUUAAUCUGUCUGAACUGGCUGAUCUCAUAAUAGGACAGAACUAUGUUGGCAGUGUUGUGAAGCAAAGUGAGGUGGACUCAGAAGAUGGCGAUGAUGACAGUGAUGUGAAUGAUGUGUUUGGUGUGACGUCCGUUUUGAAUAUCACCGAGAAGCAGAAUCUGGAGUGUGUCCAGCAGCUGCGCAGUCUUCUCCUGGAACUGUGCAGUGAGCACGCCACCGACCAGGCCAACACUCUGAUCCGAUCUCUGCUAUCAGAUGAUUCUCAGUCUAUCGGCCUGCUUAUCAAUGAGCGUAUUGUAAACAUUCCUGCACAGAUAUCAGUGCCACUUCUAGAAAGUCUUAGCAAGGAGAUUAAAAGAGCUUGCGAAAAGAAGAUGCCAUACGACUUCACAUACUUCAUACUGAUCUGUAAGCUGUACAGAUCAGAAAAACCACAGACAAAGAAGAAGAAAAAGAAGAAGCAGCAGCAGUCUGGUGGAGGUGAUGAGCCAGAAGUUGUCUGGUCCAAUCUGGAGGAAGAAAUUAUAAACCAGGAAGCUGACUGCCAGUUUGAAUUCUGUGUGAAAGGCGACUCUGACUCUGGUCUGGUCGGACACUGGAUGGAGGACGACGUGGAGAUGAGCCCAUACAGGCGUGUGCUGCUUCUGAAAGCCAACAAACUGGACCCACUCAUCGAGCGAAUCAAAACUUCUCUGUCUCAACAGUAGCAAUUCCAUAAUGUCUAGUGGAGAGAAGUUAUUCAGCCUACAUAUGUAUAAACUGCUGUACUCAGUUAUUGAACUUGUAUAAUGUAUGAAGCCCAACUGGUGCAGUGGUUCAAUAAUAUGUGUCUCUCAUAUAAGCUGGAAACAAUUACACUUAAUUUGUAACCAGUAAGUUUCCAGUCUACCUGAUGGGUACUUUUUCCCCAUCAGAAUACUUGAUACUUUGAAAAUAAACUUAUCUGGAGUUAGAGUGUCCGAUUGCAUUUUGGUGAUAUGAACACGAGUUUUAUUAAACAAGGCCAGACCAUCCUAUCGCACGCAGGUAUUUACACCAUAAUCUCCACCCUCGUUUAUUUCAAACUGCAUUUAAUUUAUGUUAUUAACAUAAUAUAAAUAAAUGUUUUUGUUUAAGCAGACUUUAUUUCCCAUACAUAGAAUAAAUUAUCAAAACUUAUUAUGCCUUUUCAACUUGUCUUUGGCAACACAGGGUUCAGAUCAGUGCUCUACAGCAUAACCAUCCUUAACAUUUGACUGAGGUGCAGUUAUGGUGCAGUAUAAUGAUGAAGGCAGGAUAUUUUCUUGAGUCACGAAAGCAACUGUCAUGUAAUUGGUGAGGGACCAUAACGCAGAGCCCAUUUAAAGUAGACAGUCCAUACUCUGCA